AUGUGGCCCCAAAGAGUAGACAGGGCUGAAAAAGGUUCAACAGACUGCAUGCUGGAAGUAAUGUAUAAGACUGGGAAGCUGUGUGGAAGUCGGAUUGGAAAGGAGAAACGGGCACAGGGAGACCAGUUAAGAGGCGAUUCUCUACGGUCACUAGGCUCUAGUGAACGGCAGGUGGCGCCCGUACACAGGAGGUCUCGUCAGCAGCUCCAGGGCAGGCCCUUUAAGGUUUCCGUCCGGUUGGAGGCCUCAGGAUCCUCGAACUCAUUCCGACUCCUCGUGCGACCCCAGACAGGAGGGACCUUUAAGCCGUCCGCCACUCCAACUUUAGCGGCGCCAAGCAGCUUUGGAAGCAGGACAAGUAACUGUGGCCAAGAUCCUUGGCUCGCUGCAAGCCUGGCGCUCCCUGGCUUCCGGGCUCGCUGCAGGAUCGCGGCCACCCUAGGGAUACAAUGUACGAGCAAACGGAGCUGCGCUGGGAGGCCGGACCAAGGUCAAGAUCCGAGACAGGAGCGCCUCGCCGCGCAGCCGCAGGCCGGGAGACGCAGCGCCGCGCUCUACGUCCACUGGCCAUACUGUGAAAAGCGGUGCUCCUAUUGUAAUUUCAACAAAUAUAUCCCCCGGAAGUUAGAUGAGGAUGCCAUACGGACAUGCCUUGUGCAAGAGGCAACAACACUGCUGAAACUCAGUGGGGUACAAAGGAUCAACUCUGUGUUCUUUGGCGGGGGGACACCAAGCCUGGCCAGCCCUUAUACUGUGGCCUCAGUUUUGGAGGCUAUAGCACAGAACACCCACUUGCCAGCCAACGCUGAAGUGACCCUAGAGGCCAACCCUACCUCAUCCAAGGCAUCAAGGCUGGCUGCCUUCCAAGUGGCAGGGAUCAAUAGAAUUUCCAUUGGCAUCCAGUCCUUAGAUGAUACAGAGCUCCAGCUGCUGGGCAGGACGCACUCAGCGUCGGAAGCCUUGGGCACCCUGGAAGAGGCCCGGCAUCUGUAUCCAGGGCGCACCUCUGUGGAUCUCAUGUUCGGCCUCCCGGGGCAGCAGGUGGAACCGUGGCUGCAGCAGCUGCAGGAGCUGCUUUCCCGCUGUGAUGACCACGUCUCUCUCUACCAGCUGACCCUGGAGAGGGGCACUCCGCUCUUUGCCCAGGUUCAGCGAAGGACCCUGCCCUCUCCAGACCCAGAAACUGCGGCUCAGAUGUACCAGGAUGGGCGAGAGGUCCUGAGGGAGGCUGGCUUCCGCCAGUACGAGGUGUCCAACUUUGCCAGAAAUGAAGCUCUCAGCACCCAUAACUGGACCUACUGGCAAGGUGGUCAGUACAUAGGUGUUGGACCUGGGGCCCAUGGGAGAUUUGUGCCCCAGGGGGAUGGAGGGAGCCUCCGGGAAGCUCGCAUCCAGACCUUGGAACCUGACAACUGGAUGAAGGAAGUUUCGUUAUUUGGACACGGCACCCGGAAGCGAGUGCCCCUGGGAGAGCUGGAGCUACUGGAGGAGGUGUUGGCUCUGGGGCUGCGCACAGACAUCGGAAUCACUCACCAGCACUGGCUGCAGUUUGAGCCCCACUUGUCCUUGUGGGAGGUGUUUGGGGAAUCUGAGGAAGUGAGGGAGCUUCAAUCCCGAGGCCUUUUGCUGCUGGACCCCAGAGGACUCCGUUGUUCCUGGAAAGGACUGGCUGUGCUGGAUACUAUUCUGCUGAGACUCCUCCUCCAGCUCCAGAAUGCCUGGGAAAACAGGUCUCCUCCCACAUUCAAGGUCACUGAGUCAGGAGCUGCCUCCCCAAGAGGCGAUUCAUGCUUCAAGUAUGGCUUGGACUAGGUAUCCCCGGAGGUGCACACCAGCUUUAAAACUCUCUGGUUCUAAUCUCAGAGAGGGCAGGAUGACCCUAUUGCAGAGGGUGGGAGGUGGAAGCAGGGGCCAGAAAGAGGG